CGUACAUUGAAAGUAGAACGAUCUAUCGAUCAGCACUGUGAGAGAAUUGAAACAAAAAUCUAUACAACUUACAGAAGGCUUUGAGGGAGAGACUCCUCUCUGAUUCUUCCAAUAUUCACCGGAUAAUGGCAACUAAACUCGCCACCCCAACUGCUGUGACGACUUUUCUCCCUCAAUUCAGUGGCCUCAGACCCAGAUCAUCAUCUGCCCGUGCAGACGGCUUGGUGUCAUUUCAACCUGUGAGGAGCAAGGGAAAGGGUGCCUUGGGUGCUCGUUGUGACUUCAUUGGCUCACCUACAAAUUUGAUCAUGGUGACUUCUACAAGUCUAAUGCUGUUUGCUGGACGAUUUGGGCUGGCUCCAUCAGCAAACAGGAAGGCGACCGCAGGCUUGAAGCUUGAGAUAAGGGACUCUGGCCUGCAGACUGGUGACCCAGCUGGUUUCACCCUUGCUGAUACCUUGGCCUGUGGAGUUGUUGGUCACAUUAUUGGAGUUGGGGUUGUUCUUGGGCUUAAGAACAUUGGUGCAUUGUAAAAUGCUUAUUAGUGCCUUUCCAAUACUCUCUACAUCUCUCUCUUCUGCUAUUCUUGUGUAAUGUUUGCAUGGUUUUCCCUUGAAGAGCUCUCUUGUUCCCUAAA